GAAAGCUGUCAACGGGGAGGCUCCAAGAUGGUGAAGUUUGGGCUUCAGUUUAAAGCCACCUUGGAAAAUGUCACCAAGGUGAGGCCGCUGGGCAACGACUUCCGCUGGUUUCUGAAGCUGAAGUGUGGAAACUGUGGUGAGAUCCCAGAUAAAUGGCAGUACAUAACCCUUGUGGAGAGCGUGCCCCUUAAAGGAGGCAGAGGCAGUGCCAGCAUGGUGCAGAAGUGUAAACUGUGUGCCAGGGAGAACUCAAUCGAUAUCCUGGGAGACACAAUCAGUCCGUAUAAUGCCGACGACAGCGAGAGAUUCAAGACGAUGGUGCAGUUUGAGUGUCGAGGUCUGGAGCCUGUCGACUUCCAGCCGCAGGCCGGCUUCGCUGCAGAAGGAGCAGAAUCUGGGACGCAGUUUCCUGAAGUCAACCUACAAGAAAAGGACUGGACGGACUACGACGAGAAGGUCAGCGAGUCGGUGGGAAUAUAUGAGGUCACACACCAGUUCAUCAAGUGCUGAAGUCGUCGUGUGAUGAGCCUCACAUGGUGGCGAAUGAACACUGCAAACAAACGUGCUCAGGCCCGUUUCCUGAGGAUGCUUUGGGCUCUGAGGCGGCGUGGAUCGGUUGAGGAUGGACAUUGAGAGAAGUGGAUUAACACAACAAGUCGUCCCAAAACAUGUCUCGGAUUGAUCAAGGCCUUUUUUUUUUUCCAUUGCGUCAAUAAAAUGAAAGAAUGUUUGAAAGA